AUGUUGGAAUUUGGGUGUAUUUUCUUAAAUUCCUGGAUGAUUAGAAUUCUAAAGGCGAUUUUAAUAAACCAGAUUAUUAAUCUGAUCACAAACGGAGUGUUAAUCGUAGAAUGUGUAGGAAACAAAGAAUCCACAAAAAUAGCCAACAUACUGACUGGGAACAUCACUGGUGAUGUCGUUCCCUCAACAUACCCAUCAAUAAAAAUAAAUCAAUCCGCAAACAAUGAUUCGAAUUUUUAUAAUUUUUACAAAGAUGAAUUGAGGGAGUUAGAGGAAGAAACUAUGGAACUUAUGGAUAAGCAAAGGAAGGUAUUUGAGGAUUUGAGAAGAAAGGCAAAAGAGCAGAAUAAGAUAUUCGAAGACCUUUCAAUCGCAGUUCAAAGACAAUAA